AUGCUGAUCCCCUUUCGAAGGUCAGAAUGGAAGAGCUGGGAAUUUUCGCUUUUCUGUCACUGUGUCCACUGUCCUGGCUUGUCGGCGGGAAUUGCUCUCGUGACUGUCAGAGUUGGAUACUACUCCGUACUCUCAGUGUUCUGUGGUCUUUCGUUCUUCAGCUGCCCUUUCGUCUCCCUCCAGACUCUCCCGCCGCCGCCAGUCCUCCACUCCUUGGGACUUUGGUACCUCCUCUCCGCUCCUCAAACGGCCGGCUCUCCUUUUAUCCUUUAUUCACAACUUGUUCUUCUGUCCUUUCUGUUCUUUAUCCAUCUUGUUCUUCUUGUGACUUUCCUUCGUACCGGCGACUUCUCAUUCCUACUCGCCAUUCUUCGGAUGAUUGUUACCUACCAUUUGUCGUCUUAG